CCCGCCCCCGGGGCCGCGUCUGGCGAGGCCCGGAAUCGGGACCGGGACCGCCACCGGGAUCGCGAUCGGGACCGGGACCGGGACCGGCAGCAGCAUGGGGGUCUGGCGGGACAUGCCGGUGGAGGCGCUGGAGCAGCAGUACUCCCCCAGCCGCUGGUCCCCCCGCCUGGACAGCGAGGCCGUCAUCCAGGCCCACCUGGAGGCCACGGCGGCGGGGACCCAGCGGGCCCGGGCCGGCGCGCAGACCUCGCUGCACGUCCCCUACGGCGACGGAGACCGGGAGAAGCUGGACAUCUACUUCCCCGCGGAGCCCGCCGGCGCAUUCCCGGCCCUGGUCUACAUCCACGGCGGAUAUUGGCAGUGCCUGAGUAAGGACGAGUCGGGGUUCGCAGCCCCCCCGCUGGUGUCACAGGGGGUGGCGGUGGUGGCAGUGGGAUAUGACAUAGCCCCCAAAGGCCACAUGGACGCCAUGGUGCUGCAGGUGCGGCGCAGCCUCGCCUUCCUGGUGCAGCGGUACUCCAGGAUCAGAGGCCUGUACCUGUGUGGACACUCGGCCGGGGCCCACUUGGCAGCCAUGGUGCUGGCCACGGACUGGACGGAGUAUGGAGUGGUGCCGGAUAUCAAAGGAGCCGUGCUGGUGAGUGGCGUGUACGACCUCGAGCCCAUCCUGCACACCUACGUGAACGAUGCGCUGAACAUGAGCCGGGAGGUGGCCCAGAGGAACAGCCCCAUGCUCUGCAUCCCCUCAGCAGCGCCCAUGUCCUGCGAGGUACUUGUGGCUGUGGCCCAGCACGACUCCCCAGAGUUCCGCAGGCAGUCGCAGGAGUAUGGCCAGGCCCUGCGUGCUGCCGGCUGGUCCGUCUCCCUGCUGGAUCUCGCGGGCGUGGAUCACUUUGACAUCAUCGAGAAGCUGUCGGAGGAGAGCUAUGUCCUCACUCAGGUGGGGGAAGAACUCCCGUCCGCCCUUUGCCCCCCGAGCAUGGCUGAGACCGGCAGCCCAGGAGCGCUGUGCCGAGGGGAGCUUACCUGGGUGAUUCUGACCAUGAUUUCAAGAGCUUGAUGGCAUGUUGGGAGCAAACUGAACGGGAACCACAGCCCUGCGUGGCGGUGACAGGCAGCCUGUGCACACCCUGCCCUGCUCCGCUCCUCGCUCCUGCAGCACAGGGCAGCCUCUGCCUCCACACACCCUCUGUGAUCCCUCCGCUCCCUCCAGCCUGCAGCCGGCGGGGCGGCCUCAAGCACCGGUUAUCACCGAUUCUCGCCUGGGCUGGCGUUCCUUUGCUGGGGUGUUCCUGCCUGUCUGGAGUGCCCGGAGCUGGCAGGCCUGCAGGGCUCUGUCUGGAUGACCUGGUGAUGAAGUUUGUUCCAUCGGUUUCCUUUAAACUGCUUAUUGCCAAUACAAAAUAUAACGGGAAUAACUGCUGCAUGGGUGUAACUCUGCUCCCUGGGAGUUGGGGCUGUGCUAAGCUGGUGAGUGCACACCAG